AUGGUCGUAAUGUUUCAUUAUGUGGACAAGAGAGAGUGUGUGAUUGAGCGAUUCAUCGAUAUUGAACAUGUUCCUAAUACCACUGCGAUCUCACUUAAGAUAGAAAUUGAUAAGUUGUUUUCAAAGCAUGGGUUGAGCAUAUCCAAAUUACGAGGUCAAGGGUAUGAUGGAGCUAGUAACAUGAGUGGAGAGUUCAAUGGUUUGAAAAGUAUUAUCAUGAAGGAGAAUGAAUACACUUUUCUCACCUUAGUGUCUAAUGUGGUGGAUGUUGUUGGAGUCUCAUCUAAGCGUCGUGACAUUAUCUGGGAAAAACAAGCUCUCAAAGCCAUUGAAGCUUUAAAAGGUGGAGAACUUUUGAGUGGAAGAGGCCAAAAUCAAGAAAGUGGAAUUAAGCGUCCAUGUGAUACACGUUUGGGAUCACACUUUGGUACUUUGGUAAGCUUUACUAUCAUGUUUUCGUCUAUUAUUGAUGUGCUUGAGGAGAUUACAAAUGAUAGAUUGAAUAGUGAGCAAAAAUAUGAAGCAUCUAUUAUGUUACAAAUGGUGCAAACAUAUGAUUUUGUCUUUAGCUUGCAUUUGGUGAAGAAUAUUCUUGGGAUCACAAAUGAGUUGUCACAAGUCUUACAAAAAGGUGAUCAAGAUAUUGUGAAUGCAAUGAAAUUAGUCAAAAUAUGCAAGAAACAGUUACAUAUGAUGAGAGACAAUGGAUGGGAUUCUUUAAUAGAAGAAGUUUCUAAUUUUUCGUGUUUAUCUCCAGCUAAUUCAUUUUCUACUUUUGACAAGGGAAAGUUAAUCCGUCUUGCUCAACCUUAUCCAUGUGAUUUUUCUACAAUGGAUAUAAAGGUACUAGAAUAUCAACUUCAAACCUAUGUUGAUGAUAUGCAUUCUCAUGUCAUGUUUUCAUCUUUGAAAGGGAUGGUUGAUCUUUCUAAGAAACUAGUUGAGACAAAAAAGGAUAAGAAUCAAAUGCGCAACAAAAUGGGAGAUCAAUGGUUGAAUGAUGGCCUCACUGUGUAUCUUGAGAAGGAUGUAUUCAAUGCUAUUGAUAAUGAGCCUAUUAUCCAUCGUUUUCAAAAUAUGAAAUCUUGUCGAGGAAAACUUUAA